CAAAAAAAAAAUUUGAUCGCGCUGCACUCUGGGAAAAAGCGAGACAGGAUGAUGCGGUCACGUGAUAAGAAAACUCGUUUCUUACUGGCCAGUCUGAAAAAAGGGCAGCGGAUCGGCGAACGACAUGACUAGUUAGGGCACAAGCGCUUGCAUGCUGAACAUGACCAAAAUAACAAAACGACUCGAUUUUUACUGCUAUUAAAAGUUACCUUCGUUAAAACAGUUGAAAAAACAAACAAACAAAAGUUACAUUUUACCGGGGCCAUUCUUAUCACUAUGGUAACAAAAGUCAAAAGCUGGUUGGUUGGAUUUGAUAUGGCUUCCUGAAAACCUAUUGGCUAUUGAAGUUUUGGGGGCGUGGUUACCAGAGUCCUUAUUUACCAUUCGCCGCGACGUGGGCGUGGUCUAAAUACUAUAGUGGGCGGAGACGCGUGUGAAAUGAAUGGGAAAAAGUUGGAGGAGGGGGGCGUAGCUUUAGGAAUGGGGGAAGCGCGGCCCUGCUUGUGACCCAGACCGAGGUGUGACUGCUGUGCCAAGCGGCUGCCCUGUACCCCUGCUCGGCCAAUCUACCUCAUUCACCUGCCGGAAUGAAGGGAGGCGUCCUGCAUUGCCGCUGCUCAAAAUGUUUUGCAGCCCCUCCCAAACGGCGCGUGAAACGACGUCCACGGCUCCUGACGCUGCUCGGCCUCCCAGAGGACGUCCUGCUCUAUAUCCUCGAGUGCCUUCCCGCCGUGGACAUACAAUCCAUGCGAGACGUUCAUCCUCAUCUCAGGUCCUUGGUGGACACCCAUAGUAGUGUUUGGGCUCGCGCGUGUUUCCAGGAUGUAUGGCCGUCCCCCGAAAACCUGCAUCUGUUUGAACGGGCGGCAGAAUCUGGAAAUUUUGAAGCGUGUGUGAAGCUGGGAAUUGCCUACUUGUACAAUGAAGGCUUGUCCAUGUCUGAUGACGGUCGCGCUGAAGUUAACGGAUUGAAAGCCUCGCGCUUCUUUUGCUUGACGGAAAGGCUGAACUCCGGGGCGGGCCCCUUUGUUUGGCUGUUUAUUCGUCCUCCUUGGUCUACCUCAGGAAGCUGCUGUAAGGCUGUGGUGUUCGACAGCUUGAAGGAGGAGUGCCAGCGUGACUCCAAGGAUGAGGCUGUGACAGGGACUCUCCGAGGAUCUUUACAGUAUUGUUUGGCGAAGGUGUUAAAUUUGUUUGAGGACGAAGAGAAGAGGAGAGAAGCUCUCGGAUUUCUGGAAGCUUCGGCCUCUCAUGGCUGCCUGCUUAGUUCCUUCCUCUUGUGGGAAUCCAAGCAGAAUUCUGCUUUAUCAGACCCUGGAAGACAUCUACAGAGCCUACGGCAGUUGCGGGAUUAUGCGGCACGGGGUUGCUGGGAUGCACAGAUUUCUCUGGCUAAAUCCUGUGGGCAGAAAAGUCAGUUUGCUCAGGAACGGACAACAUGCGACCUUGUAUCUCAAGUAUUUCAGUCAUCUCUCCCUAUCAAUAAAGCUAGUAUCUUCACCAAGCAAAAGGGCAUGAACGAUACAAUGCGGUAUAUCCUUAUAGACUGGUUGGUAGAAGUGGCUACCAUGAAGGAUUUCUCCAGUCUCUGCUUGCACAUGACUGUCGGUUUGGUUGAUCGAUACUUGAAGCUCCGCAGUGUUCCACGUGCACGCCUUCAGCUAGUGGGCAUUGCAUGCAUGGUGAUCUGUACACGAUUUAUCAGCAAAGAGAUCCUAACAAUUCGUGAAGCAGUAUGGCUUACAGAUAACACUUAUAAAUAUGAAGAUCUGGUACGGAUGAUGGGAGAGAUCAUAUCUGCACUGGAAGGAAAAAUUCGGAUGCCCACUGUCAUCGACUACAAGGACGUCCUUUCUCACAUCAUCUCCUCGGACAGAGGCACCCUGCACCUUUGCAGCUACAUUUCGGAGCUGUCCCUGCUGUACACAGAACUAUCCGUGUAUUCUCCAGCGCAGUUAGCCGCUGGCGCUUUGUUACUAGCGCGGAUCCUGCACAAACAAGCACUUCCAUGGCCAGCUCAGCUGGUAGAGUCUACGGGUUUCACCCUGGAACACUUAACCCCCUGCGUGCUGCUUCUACAUAAGAAAUGUUUCCACGAUGAUGCACCAAAAGAUUACCGGCAAGUAGCGUUGACGGCUGUGAAGCAGCGGUUUCAGAAUGACCUUUACGGCAAUAUUAGUGAUGAGAAGCAGGUGAUGGACUACAGCCAGCUGUGUACCUUGCUCGGGGUGUCCCUCCAGGAUACAGAAAGCCCCGCAUCUUCUCCUUGUGUCGAAGACGUCCAUCCCUUCCUGUGCUCACCUGCUGGGAACAAAACAAAAAGGCGCAGGGAAGAUAGUUUACAAGAAGAUCGGGGCAGCUUCGUGACCACUCCCACUGCUGAGCUGUCCAAUCAGGAGGAAACGCUACUCGGGAACUUCUUGGACUGGAGUCUCGAUACGUCUUGUUCAGGCUAUGAAGGUGACCGGGAGAGCGAAGGAGAACGGGAAGGGGAUGUCACUGCACCCAGUGGAAUUCUGGACCUCUCCCUCAUCCAUGCAGAACACACGCACUGCCAGGACUCCAGCGAUGAGGACACAACCAACGACCAAGCACUGCCAACAACCAAACCAAACCUCACUAUCCCUCCUGUGAAGAUUGGGUUAGAGAACAGUUCCGGCUACUCCUCAGUAAGCAGUGCAGGGAGCCCUACCUCCUCUCCUAAUGGUCCUCCCUGCACCCCAACACAAGGACUAUCCAACAACAAACUGGUUCCUAUCCCUUUCCCCCAGCCCAGUCCAUCAAAUUUCAAAGCCGUUCGAAGACAAGUGAAAAGAAAAAACCAAGCACAGCACAGUGAUGAAAAUGUUAAAGAUGUCUUGUAAAUAAACCCGUCUCACCCCUUGUACAAAGAAAUAUAUAAAUAUA